AUGGCUCAUCAUAUCAUAUCAAGAUAUAGUGAAUUUAAUAUAAGUGGAAAUAGUAGUAAUAGUUCAGGCGAAGGAGGAAUAUUGACAUAUUGUUAUAAGUGGAAAAUCCUCAACUGGAAUGACGUUAAACCGUUCACGGAAUAUGCAAGUCCACCGUUCAUUGCGGAUGGAUUGCAAUGGGUUUUUAAGGUUUUAUCAUUAUAUUUGGGUAUUCUAGAGACAUCACCUGGAUGUCUUAUUGGUAUUCGUAAAAAAGUUGCAAUUAUUUUUGUUUUGGAAAAUUUAAAAACCAGAGGAAUUGAUUAUGGAAAAUUGGAAUUACCAGUUUGGUUUUGUGCUAAACAUUCGACUUGGGGUGAAGAAACUCUAAUUUCAUUGGACGAAAUGGAUAGAUUCAUUAGUAAUAACACAGUUUCAUUAUGUGUCAAAUUCGAAAUUCAAGAAUCAAUCAUUGAUGGACCACCAGAAAUUCCCAAUCCAUUUAAUAAAUUAGUAAAUUCAUCAAAAUUUUCCGAUAUCAAAUUUCAAGUGAUCGAUGAAUAUGGUAGAGAUAAAAUAUAUUAUGGGCAUAAAGGAAUUUUAGCCAGUUCGUCACCAGUAUUUGAAGCGAUGUUAACUAAUGGAAUGAAAGAAACAUUUGAAGAUAAGAUUCAAAUUUACCAAGUUAAUCAUAAUGCUUUCUUAACCUUACUUACUUUCAUAUAUACCUUUAAAAUUAUUAUUAAAUCAUUAUGUGAAGCGGAAAAUUUAUUAUCAUUGUCUGAUAGAUUUGAUAUUGUUCCAGUACGUAAAGAAUGUUUAAGAUAUUUUAGGAUGGAAAUUAAUGUUGAUAAUGUUUGGGGUAUUUGGGCAAUUGCUGAAAAAUAUUCGUGCACAAAAACUUCAACCACAUGUCGAGAUUUUGUUGCACUUUAUCUUGAUAUUCUAUUAGAAAAAGAAUCUACACUUCAAGCUGAUCCAAAUAUUCUUCGUUUAGCAUUGGAAAAUGAUGAAGUUAAUGUUCAUAAUGAAGAAAAAAUAUAUGAACUUGUAGUUAAAUGG